UAUCUAAAAAUAACUGUGCACCAGUCAGUUUCAAUGGCAAUUAUUUAGGAUCUUAUUUACUACCCAAUGAUGAUUUAAUUGUGAUUUCAACAAAGUGCAUUGCAAUUUUUACUCUCAUUGAAAAUGAAAUACAAAUUAUCUAUUAUGCUGGGGUAGCUUUAUUUGAGAAUAUUCUUCAACAACACCCUAAAUUUCAACGAAGACUUAAACAAUAUAGUUCUCAUGAGCAGAAUGGUGUGAUAAAAACGCCCAAAGGUACUUUUACACCAGAACAUUUAUGGGAUGCUUGUUAUUUUAAACAUGUAUUAGAUUUUAUUGAUGAAGCGUCGGAUCCAAUAAUUGCGCAGCAUUUAGGAAAGAUGAUAACCACGUAUAUUAAUGAUUUUUAUACAUUUUCCCAAUAUUCAUCAAAUAUUGUGAAAUCAAUUUUGAAGUCUAAUGAUGAAAAAAGAAGAUAUAGAAAGCAUGACAAUGAAAUAAUCGGGCUAAUUAUUGAUAAAUGUAUAAGCUACUAUAAUGAAGAUAAUAGUCGAUUCGACGUAUUAUGUGCUAUUACAAGUUCAAUUUCAGAACUUCAAAAAUUAUAUCCUUAUUAUGUUACGCAAUUCUUUGUUUGUACUUGUAUAUUUAGUAAUGCGGAUGAACCAAUUAAUUAUGUCCCUUAUUCACAUCUUGAUGGCUCUACAGAUGAAUUACCUGAAUUAUGUCUACUUCAUGCUUAUUUUUAG